AUGGCUGCCAGUGCUACUGCAAUAAAGACCAUUCUCCGGGUAAGACCGCCGCACAAAGAGAAAGGACUCCGCAUAAAGGGAAACACGGUGCACUUAGACAAGAACGCACAGGAAGAGCUGCUGUUUGUUUUCGAUGCCGCGCAUAAAAGCUCCAGCACACAGCAGGAUAUUUAUGCAGAGGUAGAGUCGUACUUGGACAACAUCGCAAGAGGAAUAAACACAUCUAUUUUGGCUUACGGUGCUACAGGGUCGGGAAAGACGCACACGAUGUGUGGGACUGCAGAAGAUCCAGGGAUAAUCCCCAGGAUGGCGGAAGCCCUAUUCGGGCGGUACAGCGAGACACUUUCCAUUCUUUUCAAGGUUCGCAUAGAAAUGUCGUACAUUGAGAUAUACAAUGAAAAGGUGUACGACCUGCUGGGAGAAGACCACACGCCUCUCCCCGUGCGCGAGGACUCAGAGGGGAAGGUGGUGGUGCAGGGCGUGCGAGAAGAGCCUGUUGCGAAUGAGAAAGAGUUUUAUGCGCUCUUUCGCAAGGGAGGACAAAGAAGAAAAAACGGAAAAACACUUUUAAACGUAGAAAGCAGCAGGAGUCACGCGAUAGUCUCUCUUUUUGUGGUGCUCUCAACCGACUCAACAAUGGUGAGAACAAAGAUCAAUCUUGUCGAUCUGGCGGGAAGUGAGAACAACAAAAGAACAGGAAACGAAGGAAUGAGCAUGGUUGAGAGCGCGAGCAUAAACAGAAGCUUGUUUGUGCUCAACAAAGUCAUAGAAAGCCUGGCAAAGGGAGCGUGCAGAGUUCCUUACAGGGACAGCAAGCUGACAAGAAUUCUGCAGGACUCUCUUGGUGGGAUGAGCGACUGCGCGCUGAUUGUGAACAUCACGGGAGACUCGUCUGCAGAGACAGCAAGCACGCUGGCAUUUGCAGGGAAGAGCAGACAGGUGAAGCUGAAGCCCCAGAAGGAGAAAAUUGCAUACAACAAAUGGACAGAGAUCGUAAGGUCUGGGGUGAAGAGUGCAAAUCACAGUGCAAACAGCCAGUGGAGAAAGCCUGUGAGGCCGUUCUGCGCGGAAGACAGAGGCUUUGUGCCGAGUCUGAGCAGUAGAAGUAGCAACUAUCGAGAAACAAGCGAAAAUAAGCCAUACAACGCGAUAGACAAGCUCACUUCAAAAGGCAUCACAGAUAGGCUGAAAAAGGAAAAAGAUACGAGCAAAAAGAUAAAGAAGGUGCGCGAGCAUAAGCUGCAGAGCCUGGAGUCCGUUUUGGAGAUUGUAAACAGUGGGGACUUUCUGAGGAUCAAGUCUCUGCCGAUGAUAGGCGACCAGAGAGCAGAAAAAAUCAUAAAGUACGCACAGAAAAAGGCCAUAUGCGAUAUAAGUGAGCUAAUGCAGGCGGGAAUAACCAAGAAAAUAAUUGCAAAGCUAGUGGGAGAGACACGCAGUAGCGAAGAUAUUAGAUGCUAA